CUGCUGAUCUACAGAUAUAAAGAUUGGAAAACACUAUUUGUUCUCCGAUUCAAGAAAAGAAAAGAAGAAGCCCUCGGUCUUUUUCUUUUUCUUUGUUCUUGUAUAUUUUCGAUUAUAAAAGAUGCCGAAAUAUAUAGGUGCUAUCGACCAAGGAACAACAUCAACCAGAUUUAUAAUUUUCGACGAGAAAGGAAAGCAUAUUACCUCUCAGCAUCAUGAGUUUGAGCAAAUAUAUCCUCGACCAGGUUGGGUUGAACAUGAUCCAUAUGAUCUAUUGGAUUCAGUCAUUCGAUGUGCAGAUGGAGCUAUCAGGAAGUUUGGUCUCAUGGGAUACAAUAUGUCAGAUUUAAAAGCCGUUGGUAUAUGUAACCAAAGAGAGACAACACUCGUGUGGGAUCGUAAGACGGGAGAACCUCUUUAUAAUGCAAUCGUCUGGAGCGAUACUCGAACGGAUAGCCUUGUCAAGGAAUUAUUGAAGAAGCAACAGGAUUUGAAUGUGCAAGAACUUUGCGGCCUACCCAUUCACAAUUACUUUUCGGCUGUAAAGUUAAAAUGGUUGAUUGAACGGGUGCCUAAGGUGAGACAGGCUGUUGAAAAGAGACGUGCUAUGUUUGGUACGGUAGAUACAUGGCUCAUUUGGAAUUUGACAGGUGGAAUCCAAGGAGGCAAAUACAUUACCGACGUGACAAAUGCAAGUCGUACGAUGUUUAUGAACUUGAAGACGUGUCAAUGGGAUCCACGUCUGCUAGACUUUUUUGAAAUUCCUGAUCACAUGUUACCAGUGAUUGUUUCCUCAUCUGAGAAUUAUGGCACUGUACAAUGGGGUCCGCUGGAAGGAAUACCUCUCAUGGGCUGUCUUGGGGACCAACAGGCAGCUCUUGUAGGUCAAAAGUGCUUUGAGAUCGGACAAGCCAAAAAUACAUAUGGAACAGGUGCCUUUUUACUCAUGAACGUUGGCAGCGAACCCAUCGUCUCAAAACACGGCCUUCUGUCUACAGUUGCCUAUCAGUUUGGCCCUAAUGGUCAGGUAUCUUAUGCACUGGAGGGGUCUAUUAGUGUCGCUGGCGCCGCUAUCAAAUGGUUACGUGAUAACAUCGGCAUCAUCCAAUCGCCUGAUGAUAUAGAUACUUUGGCAGCCAAAGUCAAAUCAACGGGUGGCGUCUUCUUUGUCACUGCUUUCUCAGGUCUGUUUGCGCCCUAUUGGCGUGGUGAUGCUCGUGGAACACUGGUGGGUUUGACGCAAUACACAAACAAGUAUCACUUGGCACGAGCAACCCUGGAGGCUGUCUGUUUCUCUACUCGUGCUAUAUUAGAAGCAAUGAAUAUAGAUCGAAGUGUUGCAUUGAAGACGCUCAAAGCGGACGGUGGUAUGUCUAACUCAGAUCAAUGUAUGCAGAUUCAGGCAGACGUCUUAGGUAUUCCUGUAUGUCGCUCAGCCUUGCGAGACACGAGUGCAUUGGGCGCUGCAUUUGCCGCUGGUUUGGCUGCUGGUAUCUGGAACACUAUCGACGACAUUAAGCUGAGCUUAUCGGAAAAGGAAGACGUGUUUUAUCCUCAAUGGAAUGACGAAGGUCGAAAAAGAAAAUGUCAUCAAUGGCAACAAGCUGUUCAACGAAGUCUUGGCUGGACAGAGGUUUACACUCCAGAAGAUCACUUGUAACAUAACACACAUAUAUAGCAUCCUUUUGCAUUUAAUAAAUCUGAUCUACUUUACGUCU